CAAUCACCAUCGCUUGCGGCCUCCCUCCGAUCCUCCCUGAAAGCCUAUCCCUCCCCCCCCCCCCUUCCUCAAUCGAACCAAAAUUAAUAACCCCAGAAAAUGAUUUUGCAGAGAUUUCUUUGUGGCUCAUCUCGGGACGGAGUUGUGUGGUCAUUCUUUUAGUCGUGGCCGGAGGACGUGUAGCCUGGCAUUGACUCAUUGGAGGAAGGCGAAGAAGAUGGUGGCUGCAAUGAGUCCACCCCGGUGGUCGGAAAUCGGUGACGGAGGAGAGAGAUUCCUCCAGAUCCACUUUCUCUCUCCUCCCUCCCUCUCGUCUGUGCUUUUGUCUCCUCUAAUGAGCUAAACAAAUCCAGCAGCUAAAAAAAAGCUUGGUUUGGAUGCAGAUUUGAGAUGUAAAGGAGGUUGAUUUUCUUUAAUUUGAUUUAUGCAGAUUCUGGGUUUCGUUGUGGUUUCUUUAAUAUGGUGGUCAAUCUUGGUGGUUCUAUAAGGAGAAUAAAUCAAGAAUCAUGGAGGAGCAACGAUCCACUAAUAUCAACGGUCAAUGCUGUUCCAGAUUUUAAACCAACUGUUUCUGGGAUUCCACCAACUACUCCAGGAAAGAAGAGCAUGACAGGGGUGAUUGUUGGCGUUGCAGUCUCUGUCGGAGUUGUGAGCUUGCUAUUAAUAUUUGCAGUUUUAUAUUUGAGGAGAAAAAUACCAGACAAGGAUGACGAUGAAGGAAACAACUUGCAUCUUGACUGGCAUACCAGAUUCAAUAUCUUGUUGGGAACAGCAAGAGGACUUGCCUAUCUUCAUGAGGAGUCGAGGCCAAGGAUAGUACAUAGAGAUGUCAAAGAUAGUAAUAUUUUGCUUGAUGCAGACCUCUCCCCAAAAGUAUCAGAUUUUGGACUGGCAAAGCUUUAUGAUGAUGAGAAAACCCACAUCAGCACCCGAGUUGCAGGGACAAUAGGCUAUUUGGCACCGGAGUAUGCAAUGCGGGGACAUCUGACUGAAAAGGCUGAUGUAUUCGGUUUUGGAGUUGUCAUUUUGGAAACUCUUAGUGGGAGACCGAACACUGACAAUGACUUGGAUGCCGGAGAGAUUUAUCUCCUUGAUUGGGCAUGGACUCUACAUGAAAAAAAUGAGCGUUUGGGGCUUGUGGAUUCGAGACUGACCGACUUUGAUGAAGAAGAAGCAAAUAGAUUGAUAAGAGCAGCUUUCCUGUGUACUCAGGCAUCCCCAUUGAUGCGGCCAUCUAUGUCUCGUGUGGUGGCCAUGCUUGCUGGAGAUAUUGAAGUAGGUAAUGUUAUGGCAAAGCCAAGUUAUUUGACAGACUGAGAUUUCAAAGAUGUAACAGGUAGCUUCUUGAUUGAUGGUGAUACCCCCUCAACUGGGAUGACUCACCCCAACAAUCAGUCUACUGGCAUCACAACCGGUGCUAACACCGGAAUUGACCUGAUGCAGUCUCCUGUGAAUCCUAAUCUUUCAUUGCUCACUGGGAUUAUAGGAGAAGGAAGGUGAUCCAAGUAUAUUUCUUCUUCUAGCUGGUAAUAUUGUACCCUUGCUGGUUUGAUCUUCUUUGGCUCAGGUCACACUAUCCAUUCUAAGCCAUGUAUUACUCUUUGUAUCUUUCUGUCUAGUAAUGAUGCUGUAUAAGUAAAAUGAGAAACAAUUUUAGAUAGGAUCCGGUUGUUUUCACCGCUCAUAAUGAUAAGUUCUAUACAUCUGUUUAUAGUGCACUUACACUGUUGAUAAUAUGAAUCCCACAUGAGAAAAUGAAGACUUUGCUUAUGGGUUUGUAAUCAGAUUAUUAAUUAUUUUAUCAUACAUAUGCUUAAGUUCA